UUUCCCAGACUGAAGCGAUGGGCGCCUACCUCAACAAACCAGUGUUGGACAAGAAGUCAUAUGACGGGACGUCCACCAACUUCAGGUACGGCGUUUCGUCGAUGCAAGGAUGGAGAAUCGACAUGGAGGAUACCGACACUGUCGUUCCGGAUUUGGACGACAACACGGCUUUCUUUGCGGUUUUCGACGGUCACGGAGGUCGUGAAGUUGCAUGCUAUCUAGCCGAGCAUAUGCCCAAGUUCCUUCUUCAAGCCAACAGCUACACGGAUGGAGAUCUAGAGUCUGCACUCAAAGAAGCGUAUCUUGAUGCAGAUCGUGCUCUUCUAACCGACGAAGGUCAAGACGAAUUGAAGAAACUAAUGAAGACAAACGACAGCCAAGAAGAUAGCUGCAGUGACUCUGAACAAGAACAAGUCGAGGCCGUUGAGCUGCUCGAAGAAGCCGACAUGCCAUUGGAGGAUCUCUUAGCGAAAUACGGAUGCGCAGGAAGAGUAGAAGAUACGGAGAGUAAAGAUAGUGGUGAUGGUCGUUCUUCAGAGGAAGGCGAUGAUAAGGAAGUUGAGGACGGAGACAAGGAAACUGAUAGUCAAGACAAGAGAAACCAAGCUAUUGCCCAUCUGAAAUCAAUAGCUGCAGAUGCAGGACUGAACGUCAACAUUGAAGAACUGGAAGACGGAGGCUCAAGUUCGGGGACACAGAAAAAGAAACGUAAACCUACAAGAGUGACACGCACAGCAACAAGAACAGUGCGAGCUGUAGAUGAUGCUGGUUUAGGCAAUCUCGACCAAGAAGAAGAAUCGAGUGACGAGAGUGGCAUCGAAUAUGAUGAAGAGACAGUCAUUCCCGAGAAUCCUGAAGAGUCUGGCUCGUCAUCAAGCGACGAAGCAGAGGAAGACUCACAAUUAAAGACACCCAUGAAAGAGUGUGGGUUUGAAAGUGGCUCUACAGCUGUGAUAGCUUUGCUUCGAGGACGAGAGCUUUAUGUUUCGAGUGCUGGUGACUCUCGGUGUGUCAUGUGCUGUAGAGGAGAGACGGUUGCUCUGAGUGUUGAUCAUAAGCCAGAAGAUGAGAAGGAAUUGAAGAGGAUUACUGAAGCAGGUGGGAUGGUGGAUCACACAGGGAGAGUCAACAGAGGGUUGAAUUUGUCACGAGCUAUAGGUGAUCAUCUCUACAAGCAGAACAAACAAGUGAAGCUUGAAGAUCAGAUGAUCUCAGCACUACCAGACGUCUAUCACGAAACUCUUUCCAGCGACCACAGUUUUAUGAUAUUGGCAAGUGACGGCAUAUGGAACAUGAUGACUAGUGAACAAUCUGUUGAGUAUGUAAAGGAACAUUUAGUGGAAGAUUCAGAAGGAGAUUUGUCACACAUUUGUGAGCAGAUGAUAGAUCACUGUCUUGCUCCUGACAAAACCGGCGACGGCUCUGGCUGCGACAACAUGACUGUCGUCAUUGUCCAGUUUCUGCACGAAUCAACAGAAGAAAGCAAAUCAACUUUUGUUAGUCCAACCAAAGGCAAGUCUCUCGGCAAGCGGCCAGCACCGAGCGGCUCCGAAAUAGACUCGAAUGAGCAAGUCAAACGAUCUCGUCUCGAAACGAAACCGUCUCAAUAGGCAAAUCAUGUGAUAUUCAAUAAAUGAGUUUUGCAACUAAAUUUUCGUGUGUCAUUCAGAGCAAUGACACUGUAGCGUUAUUGUUGUAUAGUCUGAAGCAUUGUACGCAUGCGCAGUGUGUGUUUAGACUGCUAGGCGUGAGAAUGAGAUACCCAAUAGACUAUGA